AUGUUGUGUUUGAAACCGCCGACGAAGGAUGAUUGCCUAUCAAAAUGGGAUAACAGUGUAGUCCCAUUCCCCAAUCUUGACAACAAUGGUGAUGAGCCAAAGUCCCCAAGAGUUGGGUGUAUGGGUCAGAUCAAGCGAGACAGAAGGGUUAUUGGAUUCCCAAUCCACAAUAGAUGCAACAACAGAAGAAGUACCAAUAGUGACAAGAAGUACUUCAAGCUCAAUAAAGUCUUCUCAGGCAAGAAUCUCAAUAGUUUCUUAGGGAUGAAUCUCAGUAGUACUAGAAAUAGCAAUUAUAGCAAGAAAGAGAUGAUCAAGGGUGCCAGUAGGAUUAAGUCCUACGAUGAAAUGGAUUAUGUUUCAAUAAGUGUAGUUGAUUUGGAUCCUCCUUUGCCAGUAAUUAAGCCGGGGCCGCGUAUUAGUACCGACGGUGGCGAUGCAGUUUGUCUGUGGAAAAGGAGAUGUGGGGGUGAUCAGACCUUGAAGGCUCUACAGCUUCAACAAAGAAAUCCUUCUUCUGUUCUUGGGCCUACCACCCUCUGA